CCGAGGCGGAGCUAAGGCGCGAUGCCGCCCCCCCCCGGUGCUCCAGCCUGACUGCGCCGGCUCCGAGCCACCCGACCCGGCUGCUCCUUCUCCGGCCUGCCCUUGGGAAGCUCCUUGCGGGGCGAACAUUGGCCCAGGGCGAACAUUGGAACCAGCAACACCCCCCAUAGCCCUGUUUAGCCUGGUGGCAUUUUUCAGCAGUUAUGCCAGGCAGCCUAAACCAUCAUGUCUCCCGGGUAAGGACUUUGUACAAGAAGAUCCUGCAGUUGCACCGAGCGUUGCCACUGGAGUUGAAGACCCUGGGAGACCAGUAUGUGAAAGAUGAGUUCAGGAGACACAGAUCUGUUGGUCCGGAAGAGGCUCAAUGCUUCCUGCGGGAAUGGGAGAACUAUGCAGCGACGCUGUUGCAACAAACUAACCCAAAGGCACAGAACUCUACAAGUCAUCCUCGUUUUGGGUCCCACCUCCCAGAAGAAAAGCUUCAUGCCCUACGAGAUGAGCAAGUGGGGCAGCUCCAGGAACUGAUGCAAGAAGCUACCAAACCCAAGAGACAGUUUAAUAUUUUGGAUGACACAGAUCACAAAAAUUGACGUAUUACUUUGGAUAUGCUUUAAGUAGGGUGGUGGGGUUUCUUGUUUUUGUUUUGUUUUUGGUGACUCUUUAGCUCUGUUUUGGAAGAGAUUUUCAGCCCGAAGAAUAAAUGAAACUGAUGUUCA